UUUCUGCAGACUAUUGUUAAAUCUUAUUACUUGUUUUUAACGUGGUAAUUGCAAUAUGGGAAGAUAAAAAAAUGUUAAGAAUAGAAAGAGAUAUUAUUAAGAAUUUGGCACCACUUGCAAACCAUUCUUAAAAUAUCGUUUUCUCUCUUCUUCCGAUUAAUAUUUUUUUCCUAAUCUUUACACUCCUGCAAUUAAUUGACAAAAUCAGAGCAAUGAGCGUCGGUUUAUAUCCAAAAGUAUAGAUGGAAAAAAUGUUAAGAAGAACGACACAAAAGAAUGUUGGUUCUUCGAGUCUUGUGAAAAAUUGCUGGAAUAAAACAAAGUUUUACCGUGAAUUAGAUCUUAAUUAUUGUUCGAUAGAGCAGAGGUUUUAAAGGUUUCGUGCUUUCCACAAGACUACAACUCUAUCUCACAAUGUUUUUCUUUUCUUUUUCACUUGGGUACCAUAAAGUUUUUGGAAAACACUAUCAGUCUACAACAUCGAACUUUCCAAACUUUCAUAGCUAAGAAAGGCGUCAUUUGUGCAGGAGAUUUAUCUCAAUGUGGCUGAACCUUUUGAACGAAAAAAAUACUAAACACAAGGAAUGAAAACUUUUGACGUUAAAUUACUGGCCUGCUUCAUAAAUAAAAUUUUAUAAAUUGAUAAUAUUAUCUGUCUUACUUGACUAUUCUAUAAUAGCAUCUUCAUAAUUUUGAGAUUGAUUCUCAACCACUCGAUUGAGCUCUCGAUUUUAGUUGGUCUUGGUCCUCUACCAUGAUAUAUAUUAUCUAUAUAUCCCUACGUAGAUCGAGACUUAUCUAGUUUUCAUUGACGAAAAGGUAAAAGUGAUUGAAAUCAAUAUCAAGACCAAGUGAUAUGUACAUGUAUACAGGAGAAAGAGGGUGAAUUCACCACUGGCGUCUAUUUUCCUUCUUUCUCAAAAGAGAUAAUAUGUGAUUGUAUCCCUUUUAGACCACUAUAUUAAACUCCUACCUCAACCGAAGAAGAGAAUUAUAUAUUCCCGUUUUGGCCCUACAAACCUACGAGUCUACUUCCCCUGCAACCCUAUCAACCCACUCACAGACGGUUGUAUCAGUGUGUCAGUCAGUGUGUCAGUGUAUCAGUCUACUAGUUUCUAGCUAUCUCUCUUCCCUCUUAUAGUAAGCUCUAGCUCUCUUUCUCUCUCUCUCUCUUUAAUACUGUAUCUCAUAGGAACAAAAAAGAAAACAUUGUUGUUAAUCAUAUUUCUCUUUACUGACUUUGAUUUCUAAAUUAGAAGAGAACGUCAUCAUGGUUUGUUUGAUUUUUUUCUUGUUCCUCCGGCGGACGAACCCGUCCCAAAAUAAGUCGUAAGUAGCAAAUACAUGUUUUGUUAGAUGAUACAUUGUUUGUUAGAUUAUACGUAUUUUGAUAACAAUUAUGUUAACCAAGUUUUUACUUAGUUAUCUGAUACCAUUUUAUGUUUAGUUUUAUCAAUUUUUUCAUUUUCUACUCUUUGAAAAACAUAUUUCGUAAGUUAUUAUUAUAAUAAAACAUUGUUACUUAAUAAAAUAAAUAAUUGAGAAUAUACAAAUAAACUUUUCAUUAACUGAUAUAUGGUUUGUUAAUUAAUAAAUGAUUUGAUAAAUUGUUUGUCAGUUUAUACAUUGUAUUGAUACAUGAUUUGUUAACUGAUAAAAGAGUGGAUACAUGAUUUGUAAGUUAAUAUAUUUUUUUAUAAAUGAAUUACUAACUGAUAAAUGAUUUUUUAAUUGAUAUAUGCAAUGUUAGCUGAUGAGUUCCAGAUGAGUGAAUCAUUGUCUUAGAUGAGUUCCUGGAACACAACAAAGGCUUUCAAAUUCUCCAUCCUGGUGGUUAUGGUUAGGAAAUUGUUGAUCGAGAUAUAUUUCUGGUUAGCUGCUACGAAAGUGUGAUUAAGUGAUACAAGUUUGUUAACUGCAACAAAAUAUUACAAAAUGUUAUUAAAUAAGUGAUGUUAACCGAUACAUUGUUUGUUAACCGAUAUAUGGUUUGUUAACUGAUAUAUGGUUUGGUUUGUUAACUGAUACAUUAUUUGUUAACGAAUAUAUGGUUUGUUAGUUGCUACAAACUUGGCUGCAAAGUAGUGGUCACUCAUUUAGUAUAAAGCAAUGUAUCAUUUAACAAACUACGUAAUAGCUAACAAAUUAUGUAUCGAAUAUUUUAUUUGUUAACAAUCAUGUACUGGUUAACAAUUCAUGUAUCAGCUAACGACAACUAUUUUGUAAUCUUGAAAACCAUUUAUCAAUUAGCCACAACCUCUUUGUAACAACUAACAUAUUUUUUCUUCCAUAGAAUUACUACUUUAAUUCUACGAUCUUCGCUUUAUUUUUUAUGUUUUUUUACAAAACAAUGAAUCUUUUGGAAUCUUCGUAAAAAAAUUAUCAAUGUUUUUUUUAUCUUUAUAUAAAACAUUGUAAAAUUAGUCUGAUUUUUUUUUCUAUAAGCUUGAAUGAUAAAUGAAAGAGAUGAGAAAGAAAACUAGAUUUCUAUUAAUAUGAUAAAAAACUAUAAAAUUAACUCACAAAUAAAAGAAAAAAUGUAGAGAAAAAGACUAACUACAAACCUAUCCUAAUUACAUCUCUAUAGCUCUGACACUAUUCUGUUUCACCUGUCGCGCGUCAGAAACUUUUGUCAAAAGACAAAGACUGCAAGUCGCAGAGUUUUGUGUCAGAUGCGAGAGAAAGUCGCAAGUAGCAUCGAGGGUAUUUUCGUCUAUUUCAAACCAAAGAGAUACAACUUGAACCUUUUAUGUCACUCAAUAGAUAGAAAUCAUUUUAGGACCUCAUUUUAGGAUAUCUAGCUAAUUGUCCCUUCUCAAAAAAUAAAAUAUUAUAAUUUGGAGGAUUUUGUUUCCUCCAUGCUAAACAUUUUGUAUAUUUUUUACAAUUACAUUGUUUUGCUUUAAUAAGCGUCUAUCCCAAAAAGUUAUGUUUAAAUAAUCUAAUUCAUUAGGAAUUUUUAAUUCCUACUAUGACAAGUGGAAAACAUAUAAAAUUUUGCCGCGUAAUGAGAUGUCACUGAUCUCCGGCUAUAAAUAAUGGAGUAUAGAGUACCAUCUCUUUAGAUAAGCAAGUAAAAUUGCAUUUAUUUUCAAGUAUCACUCUCUCUAGAUCGUUUGUUAUCAAAAGCACCUCCCAAGAAACGAAAGGAAAUGUCGACGGAGACGUAUGAAGAUGCCCUUAAAAAACUAGGAGAGCUUCUCAGUAAGAAAUCGGAUCUCGGGAAAGUGGCGGCCUCAAAGAUCAAGAAGGUAACGGUUGAGCUAGAGGAACUUGAUUCCAACAAAUCAUCAGAUGCAGUAGAGCGAAUCAAAUCCGGAUUUAUCCAUUUCAAGACUCACAAGUAUCUGAAGAAGCCAUCUUUGUACAAUGCACUUGCCAAAGGCCAGAGCCCCAAGUUUCUGGUGUUUGCUUGUUCGGAUUCUCGAGUUAGCCCUACUCAGAUCUUGAAUUUCAAACCUGGGGAAGCAUUUGUCGUUAGAAACAUUGCAAACAUGGUGCCACCUUUUGACAAGACGCAACACUCUGGUGUUGGUGCAGCCCUUGAAUUUCCAGUUACAGCCCUCAACGUGGAGAACAUUCUGGUGAUUGGUCACAGCCGUUGUGGUGGAAUAAAGGGACUCAUGUCCAUCGAAGAUGAUGCUGCUCCUUCUAAGAACGUCUUCAUAGAUAACUGGGUCCAGAUCGGUACACCGGCAAAGAACAUGAUCAAGCAGGAUUUCAAACAUCUGAGCUUCAAUGAUCAAUGCAGCUACUGUGAGAAGGUACAUAAUAAGAAAAAGACACAAUAUUUUCUCUGUUUCUCUGUCUUAAUUUUAAAGCAGAAACUGAGAUUGUCCAUGGGUUUCCAGGAAGCCGUGAACGUGUCCUUAGGGAAUCUGUUGUCUUACCCAUUUGUGAAAGAGCGAGUGGUGAAGAACAAGCUCGCCAUAAGAGGAGCUCACUACGAUUUCGUGAAAGGAACGUUUGAUCUCUGGGAACUCGACUUCAAGACCACCCCUGCUUUUUCCUUUUCUUAAAACAUUCAUACUCAUGUGUUUCUCUAUGUUUAAUACUUUUGACUCUUCUCUAGUCUCGUUUGAUCUCUGUAAUGAAUAAGCUAUAAAUAGCAUUUUAGUUCCCAUAUUCAUAUGAGUUUAUAACUCAAAACACUCUACAACGACUUUUGACACUUGCUUAAUUAGGCUACACUUAAGCAACUCAAGGGAUAGGAUACACAACGACCUUCCCUGUGGCAUGGUUCGUUUCUAGGUAUGAGAAAGCAUCAGCCACACGUGAGAAUGGGAAAGGUCCUUUGGGAUCAACCACAGGCUUCACCUUCCCACUCUCAAUGUAUGGAUUCAGUUUCUUCAGAACCUCGCCGUUAGAUGUCACAACGAAUCUAAAACCAGGAGGCGUGACAGCUCCGGUCAAGGCCACAACUUUCCCUCCUUCCUUUAUCACCUUCACCG